AGUUUGGAUAGAAGAUGCUAAUCAUUAUCGUUAUCGCAUAGCCGGUAAUUCUGAUUACGUAAGUUGUGAUGGAGACGAUUAUACACACUUUUAUUUUGAAGAUCAGACAUAUUACGUUGUUGGGAAAGUUGCAGGCAGUAGUGGGGAGGAAAAAGUCCGAGGUCCUUUCAAUGCCGAUAGUAUCUGUGGUAUAACCGGCGAUGUUGGUGAUUGGAGUUUUG